AUGGCCUCCGACUCAGCUGGCGGCUUCAUGCACCCCUCCCUCCCCUCCCCCGCGCCCUCAACAAUGUCAACCUCAACCGCAACACCCUCCCUCCUCCCACAACAACGCACGCACCCGCUCAAGGCGGGGUCGAUGAAAGAAACGGCUGUGAUAAGUCAUUUGGACAAGAGUAUUUUGGGGAUAAACCGGCGGCACGCGAAGAAGUUUAGCAGUUCGUAUGGAGGCGGAGCACUGAACGGAGUGGGUGAGGGUGAGGGUGAGGGCCAGGAUGAGCGCGGAUACGAGAGUUUCAAAGAAAUGGUCAGAGAUAUCGAGAGCUUAGUCGAUGUCGUCUGGGUUAGUGGCACGCCAACCCUCCAAAUCCCAUACAUAAUCUCCCUCGCCGUCCUCGUGAACUCCAGUCUCCCCUCCUACCCCUUCACCCCGCAAUCGACCUUCCGCCUCCUCCGCAAACUAGACUCCGUCUUUGCGUCGCUGUUAACGGGUGAAGACGCGGACUCGGGGGCUCCGCUGGCGGGAUUCGAGACGAAGAGGAAUAUCGUCUCGAUGACGGAGAAGGUACGGAUUAAGAGUAUUGCGGAGGCGUGUCGGAUGGUUGUUAUGGAGGUUAGGGAACGGAGUGACGAUGAUGAGACAACUGAAGAGGAUGGGGAUGCUACGGGGGAGAGUGAGGUGGAUAGUGAGGAGGAGAUGGUCGAUGUGCUUGGGAAUGUGAAUGCGAAUGUGGAUGCGAUUGUCAAUGCGGUUGAUGAGUAUCACGAGACACCUGGACGGUGGGAGAUGGAGGCGGCGAGGGUGUAUGAACGGACGAUUCAGUUGUUGGGGGAUGAGCUGGGGAGACAGGGAGAGUUUGGGGAUGAUAUUGGGCAGCGAGAGAUUACGCCUCCGUGUGCACCUAGUACAGCUCAAUAA